AUGAAUUCUUUAUUUACUAUUCUUAAAGAUAUACAAAUUAAUGUUCCAUAAUCAUAAUUAUAACAUUCUUUUGUUUUAUGUGGCUAAACUCAAAGUGGAAAAUCAACAAUUGUACACUUUUAAUUUAAUUUAGGUUUCAAAACUAACUUCUCAAUAAAUAUAAGAUUAAGCAGGGUUGAUAUACACAUAAUAAAAAACAAAUAUUAUUGGUUAUUAAGCUGUGCUUUAAUAUUUUGAGAUUUCUGGAUAAGCAUUCAAAUAAUUAUUGACUUUACCAUUGAAUAAGCAAUCAUAUUUAUAGUAUAGUUAUAUUUUAGUAAUCGAUUUAUCAGAUAAUCCUCAUGAAAUCUUAAAUGUUUGUAAUUCAGAGAUUAGAUAUAUUAAAGAGGAAACUGAAAAAAAAUUAUAACAAUCAAUUGAUGUUGAUACUUUUAAACAAUUAGAAUUAAAUAUUUAUGACAAAAUCAUGAAUCAUCAUGAUAAGAAUAGAAUUAUGCCAUUAUAUGUUCCUAUAAUUAUAGUAGGAUGGAAAUAUGAUUUAUUUACUAAAAAUUUAGAUUAAGAAUCUAGAAAAUGGAUAACAAGAGGUUUAAGAUACAUAUCUCAUACAAAUAAUUGUUCACUUGUUUUUGGAAGCAAUCAAGAUUAUUAAUUAGUUAGAUAAACUUUAUAAUAUCAUGUAAAACCUUCGGCUUCAAUUUAUUAAUAUGAUCAUUUAAAAUAGUUAUGUAUUACAUAACUUUCAGAUUCAAUUGAAAAUAUUAAUUUACCACCUUCUGGAUCAAAUCCUCUGGAUGGAUUUAAUAAAAUAAUUAAAGAUUAAAUUGUUGCUGUUGCAAAUAAUCAAAAAAAGAAGAAGUAAUCUAAAAUAUCAGAAGAAGAUUGGAAUAGCUAUAAAGAAGAUAAAAUUGAUCGACUUAUUAAGUAAUAUGAAUUUUAAUAAAAACAAAAUAAAAAAGAGGAAGAAACAGUAUUAAUUUGA